AUGGCCCUCUUGAAAACCCUAAAGCCUCUGCUUUCUUCAUCAGCCAUAGCCCUGUUGGUCAUUCUGGCAAUGACGAACAAGGCCUACUCUCAGAGCAAUUCAACUUCCUUCACGUACGACUUCUACGGCGACCAACCCACAACCCUAACCUACCAAGGCGACGCCUUCUUCCCAUCGGACUCGACCUUCCUCCGUCUGACAAAGACCGAGUCGGGCGUCUCAGCAAAGAGCAGCGUCGGCCGAGUCCUCCACUCGGCCCCAAUACUGUUCCGCGCAGAAGGGGCAUUAGCGUCAUUUGAAACCAGCAUAGAAUAUAUCAUCAGCUCUUGGACCAGCACCAGUACACCUGCCGACGGGCUAGUAUUCUUCGUCGCGCCCGUCGGCUCCACCAUCCCUGCGGGAAGCGAAGGGGGCCGCUUGGGCGUGUACGAUCAAUCGGGAUUGGCUCCCAACGUGUUCGCCAUCGAAUUCGACGUGUUCGUGAACGAGUGGGACCCGAGCUUCCCCCACAUUGGGAUCAACAUCGGGUCGUUGACUUCCAGCAAUGUUACGAGGUUAGAGGGCACCAUCGGGCAGCGUGUGAAUGCCCGCAUAAACUUCGAGGCAGCAACUAAAGUGAUCAGUGUGUACGCCACGUCAGCAGCGGGCAAUUUCGAGGUCAGCUUGAGCUACGACUUGAGCGCUUUGUUGCCCGAGCAAGUUCAAGUCGGGCUCUCAGCCGCAAGCGGGAUGGAUUUGAACAAUGCUGCCGUCCACGACGUCGUCUCAUGGUAUUUCACCUCCACCCUCGUCAGUCUUCUUGCCAGCGAGGACAAUGGCGCCAAAAUAGCCCAAGUUUAA